GCGGCUCCUGGCGGCCCCGGCGCAUCGGCGCAGCGAGCAGCAGAGACGAGGGAGCCGAUCCCGACGACGGGGUGCCGACGGCCGACUGGCUGAGGAGCGCCGACCGACGAGCGAGGACGAUCCCCGUUCGAGCGUUGAGCCGUACGCGAGCAGGCGUGCGGGCCCUCGGGGGCCGCCAGGACGGAUGUGCGCUUUCUGAUGCGCGGCGUGACGAGCAGAGAUGGCUUCUGCCGAGGCGACGUCGCCCGCGCCCAACCUCCCGCCGGGCGAGCUGGAGUGCAUGCGGGAGCGGAAGUGGUGGUGCUUCCUGCUCUCGAGCAUCUUCACUUUCUUGGCGGGCCUCUUCAUUAUCCUGAUCUGGCGCGCCUUGGCCUUCCUGUGCUGUCGCAAGGAGAAGGCGGGCGCCUACAGUCCCGGAGCCCCCAAGCAGCAACCGCCAGCCGGCCAGCAGAAGAAGCUGCCGGCUCCGGGCGGCGACGCCAAGCGCAAGGCCGGGGAAGGGGCCGCCGAAAUCGGGUUCAUGACGGAGGCCAAGGAUUGGGCAGGGGAACUCAUCUCGGGACAGACCACCACGGGAAGGAUACUGGUAGUCCUGGUAUUCCUGUUAAGCAUAGCAUCCCUCAUAAUCUAUUUCAUUGACGCUUCAAGAGACGGAGUCGAGAAAUGCCAGUCUUGGUCGACGAACACUACGCAGCAAAUAGAUCUAGCUCUCAAUAUAUUCUUCAUGGUCUAUUUUUUUAUACGUUUCAUUGCGGCCAGCGAUAAGUUAUGGUUCAUGUUGGAGCUAUAUUCAUUUGUUGAUUACUUCACCAUUCCGCCGUCCUUUGUUUCCAUCUACUUGGAUCGAACAUGGAUCGGACUCCGUUUUCUGCGAGCGCUGCGAAUGAUGUCUGUGCCAGAUAUCUUGCAGUACCUGAACGUCCUCAAGACAAGCAGCUCUAUCCGACUCGCCCAGCUCGUCUCCAUUGUCAUCAGCGUCUGGCUGACUGCCGCGGGAAUUAUCCAUCUGUUGGAGAAUUCUGGCGACCCCCUGGACUUUGCAAAUGCACGCAAGCUGACGUACUGGGAAUGCGUUUACUACUUGAUUGUGACGAUGUCCACAGUGGGUUAUGGUGACGUAUACUGUCAGACAACACUGGGGCAAGUCUUCAUAGUACUGUUUAUACUUGUUGGCUUGGCCGUGUUUGCCAGUUGCAUUCCCGAGAUUCUAGAGUUGAUAGGCACUAGACCCAAAUAUGGCGGCGAGUACAGGCGGGAGCAUGGGAAAAGGCACAUUGUCGUCUGUGGGCACAUUACAUACGAAUCUGUGUCUCACUUCCUCAAAGAUUUCCUCCAUGAGGAUAGGGAAGAUGUUGACGUAGAAGUAGUUUUUUUACACAGAAAGCCCCCAGACCUUGAGCUGGAAGGCUUAAUAAAGAGGCAUUUUACUACGGUGGAGUUCUUUCAAGGCAGUGUCAUGAAUCCUAUUGACUUGCAGAGAGUCAAGGUCCAUGAGGCAGAUGCAUGUUUGGUGCUGGCAAACAAGUACUGCCAGGACCCGGAUGCUGAAGAUGCUGCUAACAUUAUGAGAGUCAUCUCCAUUAAGAAUUACUCUGAUGACAUCAGGGUGAUAAUCCAGCUCAUGCAGUAUCACAACAAGGCCUACCUGCUGAACAUCCCCAGUUGGAAUUGGAAACGGGGGGAUGACGUGAUCUGUGUAUCUGAGCUGAAACUUGGAUUUAUUGCACAAAGCUGCCUGGCUCCAGGUUUUUCGACCAUGAUGGCCAACCUGUUUGCCAUGAGGUCCUAUAAAACGUCUCCUGACAUGCCCUCAUGGCAGAAUGAUUACCUCUGUGGUACUGGAAUGGAGAUGUACACCGAGAGCUUAUCCGCCUCUUUUACAGGCAUGACCUUUCCUCAAGCUGCAGAGCUUUGUUUUGUAAAGUUGAAACUUCUACUCCUGGCCAUUGAAGUGGCUGUCGAGGAAGGAGCUGACUCCAAAAUUGCCAUUAAUCCCAAGAAAAAAAUUAAAAUAACUCUCAACACUCAGGGUUUCUUUAUUGCUCAGUCUGCUGACGAAGUCAAGCGGGCUUGGUUUUACUGCAAAAACUGUCACGAGGACAUCAAAGAUGAAAAGCUCAUAAAAAAGUGCAAGUGCAAGAAUCAUGAAGGACUGCAUAACUCCAAUGUCCCCACUUUUACACCACCCGAAAUACCCAAGAGAGUCAAGUUACGAGUCGAAGAAGAAAGCUUUUCCUACGUAGCCACCCAGCCCCAAGUGGGCAACAACAACGACCAGAACCGUGUGAGCUCUGCGCCGAAACCGAAGCCAAGUACAAAGAAACACGACCAGAGCAAUUCGCUCACUUCCCCCAACGAACGUGGAGGGCGCUCUGCACCUCCAUCCUACGCCAGUCCUGUCUCUGACACUUGCCACGUCACGCGGACGGCUGCGCCCGACAUGUUUGCUGGCUUACACCUUGCCUAUGAGGUCAAAAAGCUCAUGCCGACGAGCAGGGGGACCAAUGGGACCGGAAAUUCGCAGAACGAGAAGCCUUUCCCUGUGGGCCUGUCAGAUGACCAGGCCAAGGAUUUUGAGAAGACCGAGAUGAAGUACGACUCCACCGGAAUGUUCCACUGGUGCUCAGCACGCCCCAUCGAAGACUGCAUACUGGACCGAAACCAGGCGGCAAUGACCGUGCUCAACGGCCACGUGGUCGUGUGUCUAUUUGCCGAUCCCGAUUCUCCACUAAUAGGGUUGCGUAACUUAGUAAUGCCACUUCGUGCCAGCAACUUUCACUACCACGAACUCAAGCAUGUUGUCAUCGUCGGCAAUGUGGACUACCUGAGGAGGGAGUGGAAGAUGCUUCAGAACCUGCCUAAGAUCUCUGUCCUCAACGGUUCUCCUCUGAGUCGAGCGGACUUGCGGGCAGUGAACAUCAACCUGUGCGACAUGUGUGUGAUCUUGUCUGCAAAGAUUCCCAGCAGCGAUGACCCUACGCUGGCUGACAAGGAGGCCAUCCUUGCCUCGCUCAACAUCAAAGCCAUGACCUUUGAUGAUACCAUAGGUGUCCUUACUCACAAUCCCAAUGGUGCUGAGGGAUUCUCCCCUUUGGGUAGUCCCAUUGUGAUGCAGCGACGAGGCUCCGUGUACGGUGCCAAUGUGCCUCUCAUCACGGAGCUUGUGAAUGACACAAAUGUGCAGUUUCUGGACCAGGAUGACGACGACGAUCCAGAUACGGAGCUCUACCUGACGCAACCUUUUGCCUGCGGUACUGCUUUUGCUGUCAGCGUGCUCGAUUCAUUAAUGAGCACUACGUACUUCAAUGCGAAUGCACUGACGUUGAUCCGGUCGUUAAUUACGGGUGGCGCAACCCCUGAGCUGGAGCUCAUCCUGGCCGAGGGGGCGGGUCUACGCGGAGGCUACAGCACUCCCGAGUCCUUGGCCAACAGGGACAGGUGCAGGGUCGGGCAGAUCUCGCUCUACGACGGCCCACUGGCUCAAUUCGGGGAGGGUGGGAAGUAUGGCGACCUGUUUGUGGCAGCCCUGCGCAGCUAUGGCAUGCUCUGCGUGGGGUUGUACAGGUUCCGCGAUACCAGUUCCUCAGGAGAGGCGUCUUCGAAACGGUACGUCAUCACCAACCCUCCAGCGGAUUUCACCCUGCUUCCGACGGACAUGGUGUUUGUCCUGCUGCAGUUUGACCCCGGUCUGGAGUACAAGCCCAACCGGGGGGAGGAGCCCAAGGACGACAACUCUUGACUCCUGCUGUGUAGCGCUUUGACUGACGGGCCUUAUUCCUUCAUCUAAGCAAAUGAUAUGCCACAAACCUGCUGCUUGAGUUCACCUUCCCUUCCACAAUGUGCAACUGGACCAUUCAAAAUUGAGCGUACGCCACACCCCAAAUUGUGUUUGGAAGCAAGGGCUCGCACAUAUCCUCGAGGGCGCCUUUUCUGCACCCGGUGCGGAGAUCUCGAACUGGGGGCUUUUAACUUUAGAGUGGUUCUUUUUUCCGAGUCUGGUUGCAGAUUUUUUUUCUGUUUAGGCCUAAGACCUUUCUUUACCCUUCACCAAAAUCCAAGAAAGACGUGCAAAAGUGGCCUUGUAGCUUGGUUCGCAAUUACGCCGUAGGUCUUUUCUUGUAGAGGUCAACUUUGAGACAACGAAAGGCUUAGGGGACUCUGUCGAUGCACAGUCGUGCACACCACCCUUUCUUGAUAACAAAAAUUACCUGCGACUCCGACCUAAAUUGUUUCGGGACUAAUCAUACCAUAUUUUUGUGUUUUGCUUCCUGUUAAGAGGACCUUACUCUAAUGCCCGGAAGUUCCUUGGAGCUGUAAAAGUGAUAGUUUGGAUUCCGCCACGCUCCUGUAUCCAAACAAAGAGAAGCCCCUUUUCUGAACCUUUCUUCCAUCUUUAAAAUUCCCAGACAUUUAGGAGAAUAUUGCGGACCAUUGAGGUGAUAGGCAACCUAGACAACUGCAGCAGCUGCUUCAACUCACUGUUUCCUCAUCCACUGCUUUGGGCAGUGGAGGGUGACAGGUCUUUUCAAAGUAUCUUAGCAGGCUAAGCAGGCGUAACCAAUUCUCAAUUCAGGGAGCCAAGACUCUAAGCACGCAGUGUGUGCACGCGUCACGAUUGAUGCCAAACAAAAGGAACAAUUGCAGGAGGAAACUAAAUAAGGGUCGUCUGUUGAGGUUGCUACACGGUAUUUCGUAAACUCUGAAGAAAAAGAAAAUCUCCCGGAAAACUUGCAAAGUGAAUGCCGGCACUGCUUCUGCAGCGAGGCACGCUGAGACGAAGACAGAGGCCGACGUCCCGGCAUCUUCGUCUUGACCGAAAAAGAAACUCACUCUGUGUCUCUCUUUCUCUCUCUCUCUCUCUUUUCCCCGACACUUUGCAAUACGACAGAGGAAACGACUGUUUUUUCGUUGAAUGCUUGUACAUACGACAUACGUCCUGGCACGGCUCUGUCUCUGUGCUCUUUGUACGAAAGGCUUCAUAUUUUAUGUACAAUUCAAAGAUUGUUGCGUCAGUUUAGUAACACUGUUUCCAUGUGGAAGCACUGGCUGUACAGUAGUGUUGUAAAGUGAGCGAGGUAGGGUUUAAAAUGCAGAAGACUGAGCAACACGUGUGUAUAGACUUGUACAUAUUACGUGAGGGGGGACUAAGGCUGCCAAGUUGUGCAGGCGCCAUGCGAGGCAAGAGUAUGAACGCGGCAGUGUACUUGUUGAAUGUGACAUGGUUUUUUCUAUCCACAAAGCCUUACUACAUUUUCCGUUGACGUGUUUUCAUUCUCAAGUGAAGCGGGGCUGCUCAAGGUCACAUCUGUGCAGAGAGGUUGUAUGCCACGGGAGAAUACUGCACGCGGGGCUCCUCUCGGCAGUCUGCACACCGUGUGCGACGUACGUACGCCUGACACAUGGGUCCAGUUUGACCAAGUGGUGUCGGCCAAGCUCGCAGCAGUUGUUUCGCCAGAAACCUUUCGGUUAGCCAACACUCGCCUGUACCAGAGAUCUUGGAGAGGAGAGUUUGCAGAGAAAGUCUAACUAAGUGUGUCUUCUGCCCAGUUAUGGUGGGUCAUUCUCUACGAGGCAGAGCCUUUGGCUGGUGGUUUUCUGAAACAACUGCUGCUAGAAUGUUUACUCCAAAAAUAAAUAGAUGUUGCUACUAAAAAAAAACGAUAACACUGUUGUGUGCAGGCUUUUAUUUAUUUGGGCUCUUCUUUUUUUUAAUAUUUAUUAUCCUGAGAUAUCACGUUGCACAAUAUUUUCCACUUGUUUUGCAGCUAGUCCAAGUGUGCAGCUGAGAGAUGGAUUGAACUGAGGUGAACACACACACACUAGACAAUCCACACACGUUGCGAUUCCUUGUCGAAUAGGACGUGUGACUUUCUUAUUCUGUGUGGCUCAUGCCUGCGUAUGGGGCACCUCACGCGAGUGUUUUGAAAGCGUGUGCUAAGGGGAGUCAUGUUAAAGAACUACUCUCUUGCACAGUGUUAGUCUUACCGCAAAAAUAGUUAGGGUUAUUAUUUUUAUUUGUUACUUUCUACUCAUGGUUAAUUUGCUAGAUUUUUUGCCAAUAUUUAAUUAAUAAAGGUGUUGACUCUUGGUUGUUGCUAUUUACUCCCCCUAGCUUGGGCUGUACUAUUAAACACUCUGGCUUUGUUACAA